UGUGUCCUCUAAAUUCAAAAUAUUGAUGAAUUUUGUUUUUUCCCUCCAUAGUUUUUUCUUUCAAUAAUAAAUGGUAAUAUAAAAAUGGAUAACGAUUUAGAAAGAUCAGUCAGAUUUUUAGAAGAUGCAACUUCCGCAAGUGGAAGAGGUUUGUUCAAAACGGUUGCUUCACAGAGGAAAGGAAUCAGUAAUCUAUCCAUCACGAUGACUCCCUAUGAAAUGGAAAGAAUAAUGCAGGACAAAUCUAUUUUGGGAGAUUAUGAUGAUACAAUGAAUAUUUUAAUAGAAAGUAAUCAAAUGUUAAGUGGCUCAAUAAUACAAGGUGCAAAUCCCUGGAAGAGUACAUUGGAAAAUUUGAAUACUGAGUUUUUUGAAAUACUUCAGAAUUUUUCUAGUGAACAGGGUAUUUUGGAAGUUUUAGCUGAUUUAGCUAGAUGUUGUUCUGAUGCUGUCAAUGUAAUAGAAGGUUUAAAAUCAAAAGUAGCAGUUUCUUAUGUUGAAGAGGAGAAACAACUGAUUGAUGAAAAGAACACUUGGAGACUAUUGCUUGUAUUAUAUCAAGAUAGAUUAGCUAUUAGAAAUUUAAUGAAUGAUGAAACAAUCCUGGAUUCUUACACAGGUCUGAGCGAGAAAUUAUGUGUAGAAAGUUUAUUCAAAAGAGAUAACUUACUUAGAGAAACCCAGUUGGUUAUCGAUUGGUUGGAAAACUGUAGCUCCGAAAAAGAUAACUUGAUUUCAGAUUAUCCAGAUCAUACAAGUGGGUGGGAAAAUACACUUCAUCAGCUGAAAUCUGCAGAAACAAUUGCAUUUAGCAGUAGUAGGAAAAUAGUGAAUAAAUUAGAUCCAGAUGCUCCUAACUACCAGCAUUUACCACUACAUGAUUUAGAUAUGGAGGAUGAAAAGUUGCUCUCUCAAAUUGUGUUUAAUAAAAUAAGAUGUGGAAAGCUAGAUGAAGCUCAACAAAUCUGCAUGUCUAGUGGACAUGCAUGGAGAGCAGCUCUAUUAGAAGGAUGGAAAUUGUACCAUAAUCCAAAUAUAAAAAAUGAUGAACAAAUUGAUUCAGAUCAUAUAAUGGAUUAUGAUCAAGGAAUGAAUACAAAUGAUGAUCUAAAAGAUGGUGAAUAUUAUGAAACUGAAGGAAAUCCAUCUAGGGAUGUCUGGAAGCUCAUGGCAAUACAAUACUGUAAGAAAGAGUAUCUCCGGUUAGAAGAGAAAGCUGCAAUUGCUGCUUAUUCUGGCAUAUUAGCAUCAAUUCUACCAGCAUGUAGGACAUGGGAAGAUUACUUAUGGGCUUAUUUACGUGCUAUGGUCGAUAUAAGAGUAGAAUCAGAAAUAAGAGAGAAUGUCAACAAAGAAUAUGCACCUCUACCUGAUUGGUUUUGGGAUCAGAGAAUGUCUCUUAAUGAAAUAUUUCAAAAGUUGGAAUCAACAAGUCCUCAAAAUGUUGUUAUGGAAGCCAAAUCACCUGAACAUAUAAUACAGAAGCUGCUUAUACUGGAUGAAAUCAACCAGCUUGUGAAAGUAAUAGAAGAAUGGGUUAGUGACGCAAAAGCCUCAACGAUGUUCCUGCGUUUUGUUACACAUCUGAUGUUAUUUUUGGAUCAAAUUGGUCAACUGAAUAGCAGAGAAAUAGUGGAAACAUGCAUUGAACAAUAUGUGAAAAGAUUAUGGAAACUAGGGGAAACACGUUUGGUUGCUUUUUAUCUAAGUAAAGUUAAUAGUAAUCUUCAAAUCUGUCUUUACGCUAAAUGUUUGGAAGAGAUUGUUGAUAAUGAUGAACGUCGAGAAGCUCUGAAAUAUGCUGAAGAUUUUGAAUUGAGUGUGUUUGAGAUAACCAAGAAAAUUGUUGAAAAUGUUAGGAACAAGCCUCAAGAGAUGGAAAAUAACAGUCAUUUGAUGACACAACUGACAGAAACAGAUCUGUUUAAGAUUUCAUCUUUGGACUGGAUUCUUUUUUAUGAAGAACAGAGGGCAGAGGCUCUUAUACAGAGUAAUGCUAUGAUUUUCACAUUCUUAACUUUAUCGAAAAUAGAUGCAGCUCAAUUAGCAUUCAAUAAAAUUCCACCUGAAAGUGUAGAGCAUUUAAUGGGGGAAAAUACCAAUAAGAAUCUAGAAAAAAUAUUGAAGGAGCAUAUGAGUUACAAGGUAUACCUGGAAGCUCAUGAAGGCUUUAAUGAGUGGUUUCAAAAGUACAAAAGCAAACCACAACUUCCUGAAGCUGUACCAGAAUCUGCACCGUUUACUGAAAAAGUAGCUUAUCAGCAUAGAAUGGCUCAAUACAAAACUGAAUGUGAAAGGUGGAAAAUUACAACUGAACAUCUUGCAAAAGUAGCCAAAGCCCUACUCUACAAUGUCCUCCUGUUUCCUGAUGGUUGGUUAACCACUAAUGCUGAUUGGGAGUAUUUGAGGUCUAUUUGCAUUCCUGAAGUCAUUUUGUUAUUGUACACUGUUUUAUCUAAAUCAGGAUUGCAUCAAGAAUGUGUUCAGUUGGCAGAUAUAAUAGCAAGUGAAAAGCAUCAAUUAUACAAGGUGUUCUCCAAAGAAAAACUCGGUGAGCUGUUGUUGAAUCUGUGUGAGAGUUCUGUUAUUCUGUUGAAUGGCAAGCAGAAUCCAUGGGAAGAAGAAACACACUCUUUCAUGUAAUUUUUCUAAUAUAGUUUUUUUUCUA